AAAGGGAUUUUUUUUCUUUUCUUUUGGUCUUCUUUUUCCCCCCUUCCCUGUUUAUCCUGAAAAGGAUUUGAAGACAGCUUGAAGGAUAAAAAGCCUUGGUGCUUCCCAGGAGCCGAGCCGAGGAGCAGAAAAGGAAGAGCCGGGGGCUGCUGUUGCCUUUGGAGAUGGACGAGCAGCCCAGGCUGAUGCAUUCCCAUGCUGGGGUCGGGAUGGCCGGACACCCCGGCCUGUCCCAGCACUUGCAGGAUGGGGCCGGAGGGACCGAGGGGGAGGGCGGGAGGAAGCAGGACAUUGGAGACAUUUUACAGCAAAUUAUGACCAUCACAGACCAGAGUUUGGAUGAGGCGCAGGCCAGAAAACAUGCUUUAAACUGCCACAGAAUGAAGCCUGCCUUGUUUAAUGUGUUGUGUGAAAUCAAAGAAAAAACAGUUUUGAGUAUCCGGGGAGCGCAGGAAGAAGAGCCAACAGACCCCCAGCUGAUGCGACUGGACAACAUGCUGCUGGCGGAGGGGGUGGCCGGGCCGGAGAAGGGUGGCGGCUCGGCCGCGGCGGCGGCGGCGGCGGCAGCUUCUGGAGGCGCCGGUUCCGACAACUCGGUGGAGCAUUCUGAUUACAGAGCCAAACUCUCACAGAUCAGACAAAUCUACCACACAGAGCUGGAGAAAUACGAGCAGGCAUGUAAUGAGUUCACCACCCACGUGAUGAACCUCCUGCGAGAGCAAAGCCGGACCAGGCCCAUCUCCCCAAAAGAGAUCGAGCGGAUGGUCAGUAUCAUCCAUCGCAAGUUCAGCUCCAUCCAGAUGCAGCUCAAGCAGAGCACGUGUGAGGCCGUCAUGAUCCUGCGUUCCCGGUUUCUGGAUGCGCGAUCCAUGGUUUGGAGGAAUUCCUCUAGUGAUUUUCUUGAAGAUGAGCUGAAUUCAAAGAAACGGCGGAAGAGACGGAAUUUCAACAAGCAAGCGACGGAAAUCCUGAAUGAAUAUUUCUAUUCCCAUCUCAGCAACCCCUACCCCAGUGAGGAAGCCAAAGAGGAGUUAGCCAAGAAGUGUGGCAUCACAGUGUCCCAGGUAUCAAACUGGUUUGGAAAUAAACGAAUCCGGUACAAGAAGAACAUAGGUAAAUUUCAAGAGGAAGCCAAUAUUUAUGCUGCCAAAACAGCUGUCACUGCUACCAAUGUGUCAGCCCAUGGAAGCCAAGCUAACUCACCGUCAACUCCCAAUUCAGCUGGUUCUUCCAGUUCUUUUAACAUGUCAAACUCUGGAGAUUUGUUCAUGAGCGUGCAGUCACUCAAUGGGGAUUCUUACCAAGGGGCCCAGGUUGGAGCCAACGUGCAAUCACAGGUGGAUACCCUUCGCCAUGUUAUCAGCCAGACAGGAGGAUACAGUGACGGACUCGCAGCCAGUCAGAUGUACAGUCCGCAGGGCAUCAGUGCUAAUGGAGGUUGGCAGGAUGCUACUACCCCUUCAUCAGUGACCUCCCCUACAGAAGGCCCUGGCAGUGUUCACUCUGAUACCUCCAACUGAUCUCCCAGCAGUCGCAUCCCGGCUGACCCUGUGCUCCAGUCGGGGCCGGGCCAGGAGGGAGGGUUUCUCAACGCUGAAGCGGUCAGACUGGAGGUCGAAGCAAUCAGCACACACAAUAAGAGUCUCCUUCUCUUCUCUUCUUUGGGAUGCUGUUUCAGCCAAUCUGGACACUUCUUUAUACUCUCUUCCCUUUUUUUCUGGGUAGAAGCCACCCUUCCCUGCCUCCAGCUGUCAGCCUGGUGUCCAUCACCUUCCCUGCCCCUUUCCCUCUGUCCUAGACUCCCUGGGUCCCUGCCCUCUAUUACAUCCCUGAAGGAUAUUUUCAACAAUUAGAGGAAUCUAAAGAGGAAAAACAGUACAAAGAUAAUAAUAAAAGUGUUGGUAUGUUUUCAUGCUGGUGGUUUGAGGGGCCAGAUUUACCUCCCUCGGAUCCCUUGCUCCCUUUGUUAACAGGCAGUCCUUCUCUGUUUCUCUCGUUACUCUCACUACCUCUUAGCAGGAAUAUGCCACAUUGCCCUACUCAUUCCAGGCCGCCCUGCCUCCUCUUGCUCUUCCCUCCCUGGGGACGAUUCUGAUUAGAAUACAAUUCCUCCUCUUCCUUCGCAGCCCCAGGUAUUCUUUGGGGGCUGCCAUUGCUGGGCUUCUAGAAGUGCCACAGUUUCUGGUUUCACCUCUGCUAGGUUGGUUCCCAGCAGGAAGUCAGGCAGCAAGAGAAGGCUCAAGGAACAAGAAGGGCAGAAUUCCUAGAGGCUUUUGCAUCUUCCCAAUAACAACUCUUGGUUUCAGAGGGACAGCCUCUGGAGACCAUGCAGUUAGCGGUGUUCAGAAUCUACUGCAGAACCAGGUCUGAGUUAGGCAUGGUGGUGAAUGCAUCACUAAGGAGUAGAAGGUUCUUAUCCUGCAACUCUUUACCUAUCGCCUUUCUCUCUCUCUCUCUCUCUCUCUCUCUCUCUCUCUCUCUCUCUCUCACACACACACACACACACACACACACAAGCAUACAAACGUAGGCAUGUGCACAGCCUCACACGUUCACUUGCCCCAAAUCAGUCACAUGCCACAUUCAAAUACCUAUAUUAGUAACCAUAGCAUUAUACCUUGUGAGCCCAAGAG